GCUUGGUGGCGCAGUGGUUAAAUGCCGGCACUGCAGCCGCUCGCUCUCAGCCACAAGGUUGCGAGUUCGAUCCCAGGCAGGGGCUCUCGUCUUCAGGGUCGACUCAGCCUGGCAUCCAAAAAGGAGUGCCCAGCUUUGUUUGGGGGCAACUGGCUUAGGGCUGUUCGACAGUGGAACCUACUUCCAUAGAGGUCUUGAAGCAGAGGCUGGAUGGUCAAUGGGCGAUGGCAGAAGGGGCGGGGCUGGAUCAGGGCCAUUCUUGGGGUCUCUUCCAAUAACCCCACUUUCUGGCCCACUUUAACUGCCCUGGCUGCAUGGGAUGGGGAUUUCCCCCUGUGGGUCUGGAGAAAGGCUGGGAAGCGGAAACUGCAGCUCCUGGGUGACUUUAAUGGUUGGAUUGUUGAUUCUGCUCUUAGUGGGUAUAGCAGCUCGGUUUUUGGUGAAAAGAAAGCCACCACGAGACCCACUCUUUUAUGUCUAUGCUGUGUUUGCUUUCACCAGCAUUGUGAACUUGAUCAUUGGGCUUGAACAUGAUGGAAUAAUAGAUGGAUUCAUGACACAUUACUUGAAAGUGGGUGAGCCUUAUCUGAACACUGCUUACGGCCACAUGAUCUGCUUUUGGGAUGGCUCAGUUCAUUAUCUGAUGUAUCUCUUGAUGGUGGCAGCUAUUGCAUGGGAGCAGAGUUACCGAACUAUUGGCCUCUAUUGGCUGGGAUCCAUCAUGAUGAGUGUCAUUGUUUUUGUGCCAGGAAAUAUUGUGGGAAAAUAUGGGACGAGUGUUUGUGCCACGUCUUUGUUAAGCAUACCGUACAUUUGUCUCCCAGUGUGGGCUGGAUUCAGAAUCUAUAGUCAACCUUCAGCUACUGAGGACUCUGCAGCCAAGGCCAUUCAAGAUGUGCAGCAAAAGACACUUUUGAGAAGACCUGUAGAUCUACUGCUGGCAGUGUACUUCAUUCUUGCAACUGGUUUUUGCCUGUUCAGGGGCAUGAUUGCCUUGGACUGCCCAGCCGAACUGUGCCGACUUUACAGCCAGCUUCAUGAGCCAUAUAUCAAAGAUCCUUCUGCCUAUCCCAAACUUCAGAUGCUGGCGUACAUGUUCUAUUCGGUACCAUACUACAUAAUCUCACUCUAUGGUCUGCUGGUGCCCGGAUGCUCCUGGAUGCCCGAUUUAACCCUUAUACAUGCUGGAGGACUAGCCCAGGGGAAAUGCAUUUAUGUGAGAAAAGCAUUCAUUUGGAGAAGAAGACAUUUCAUUUUUGAGGCUCAGUUUUCACACAUUGGUGCUUCCUUACAUGCCAGAACACCAUACAUCUACAGAGUCCCUGAAGAAGGAAAGAUGUGGUUUCUGGUACUCAACAUAAUAUAUGGAGUUCUUCCACAGCUGUUGGCAUAUAGAUGUGUUCAGAGCCCAGAGUUUUUCCUGAAAGCAAGGCCAGAAGAGAAGGCUGAAUAGGAAGGCUGGAGCUCCAUGUUCAAACUUGUACAACUGGACUACCUGCAAAAAUUCUAUGUGGCUCAUCCUGGAAAAUGGUAUUGCAAAAGUUAUUGUUAUAUGUAUCACUAUUGAAAAGAAAGACGUCUGUCUUUCAUAGUACUUCUGAAAACCCUGCUGUUAUCCCAUUGUAGUUAACUGUAAGUAUUUAGGUAAGUUACACUUUCUAAAGUUUGUCUUCUUCACCAGUGGUUUAGCACCGAGGUGAAGUUGAUUUAACUUUGUCUGUAGGUCACCUUUUGAAUCUCUUUUGUCCAGCGCUGCUGUGCAGCAUAUGCAUUAUUACUGGCACAAAUGGAAACCAGUUGUCGCUGUGAAAAUUGUUACAACCUUUUACAUUACACAAUUAUAGCAGUGUCAUUAUUCCAUCCUAUGGAAUCCCAGGGUUUAAAGUUUGUUGUUGUUGUUGUGUUGAAGAUGUUUCUGACUCAUGGCAACCCUAAGGUGAACCUAUCAUAG